CUGUCAAUGUCAUUAUUCGCAAGUCUGCCGAAAGAUGGGUUAAUUCUGCGAAUCUGUGUUUGUGAAACGUUCCACAUUCGCAAAAAAUGUUCAGUCGAUUUACUCGCAAUUAUGUGAAAUAAAAAACGGACAGGUAAAUCAGUUCGCGCUGUUUUACGAUACUAUAAAAUGAUAGAGUGAACCAUCGGUUCUGAUAGGUUAUGUAAACUUAGAUAAAAUGUGUGAGUAUUUGUCAUUAGUGUUAUCGAGUUAAUUUGUUUACCGUAAGAGAUUAAUUACGAUGAGUGAUCCCAAUAGUACAUACUUUAGUAAAUUACGGUAAGGGGUGUUGUAUUACGCAAUUCAAUUGUGUAUUAACCAACACGUAAGAAGUUAUGGCCUACAGCCCCAUCGAGCAAGACUGUGAUUUAAGUGACUACGAUUUGUACAGUAAAACCCCACCACGAACCAAAAUUUUGCGUAAAAAUCGCGAACGCAAGCAGAAACACAAAGAUACAAGCACGAUGUCCUCACCUAAAGUCAUCAAACCUAAGCCCUUAAGUCGGCGUAACACCAUCAGCAGCAUGUUCGAAGAGCUUGUUGCCAAGGCCGAAAAUGACUCGGACCAAGGCUCCAAAAGGUCCAACAAGCGCCAGUUGAAAAUGCUGCGAGGGUCUGAACGUGACCUGAAGCUGGACAUUGCCAGUGCCCAAGCGGCCUCUGAGAAAAACCAAGAAUUCAAACACCCAAAAACACCACAACCUAGUUAUCAGAUCGAGAGCUGUAAAAGAUUCAUGAGCUUGUCUUGUCGGACUGUUCCUUGCUCGAAACUGUUGAAGAGUAAAAAAGAUAAUAAAGUCAAAUGUGACGAAAUUAGCAAUGAGGAGUGUUCCGAAAAUCGAGUCGAUUUUUACAACACUUUCUCAAUGCUAAUUCGAAUGGGCUGCGGUGAUAAAACGCAGGAAAUGAGUCACAGACGCGCUCUGAGCAAGGAGGAGCAUUUGUGGCAAAACGAAUUUAAAGAUUUGAUUUGGCUUGAAUUGCAAGCGUUCCAUGCGGACCGAACCCCAAGCGAAGAAGACAGAUACUUGUGUUCCGAACGGGAAAAAGUUGAACCUCUUUUACAUGAUAUAAUGACUUAUCGCUACCAAAAAAAUUCGAAAUGUUACUCGACCCAAAGCAGCGACAGUGGCGUUGAGGACGACUGUUCUGGUUGUCUUUCAAUCUACUGUGGUUCGUGUCUUGAGGCCCAAAACGAAGCCCUUAAAGAUGUGGAAGAAUUGAUGCAAAGAUUAUCAGCGGUGGAAGCUUUGUUCCCUUCCGGACACGCUUUUGCCGAACUGUACCCAUUAUAUAACAGUCCUGAGUUCAUAGCGAGGGUCAAGGCUAUCAGUUUAUGGUACAACAUGACGCGACAGCAGAGACUGAAACUAAUGAUUCUUGUUAAAUUAUUAGAAAAUAAAGUGAGUAGAGAUGAUGAUAAAAACGGGACGGAAUCAAACAGUCCCAGUGAUAGCAAUAACAGUUCCUCAUCUUCGGUAAAUGAGUCGUUCUAUGAUUGCAAGUCAAGUCAGGAUGCUACUGUUUUUUCUUUUGCGCCUUUUCCCUUCUUACAUGUGCAUAAGUCGGAAAGCUCGGUCUCACCAUAUCGAAAAUACAUCGAAAACAUUCUUAAAACGCGAUCGCUCCACAAAAGUUUGAGUUUCUUGGAUCAUCUCCAAAUGGUUGUUUUGCGACGUGUUCAGCUAACCUUGACCAAACCGGAAACCGACGAUAUUUACAACAAAGUGACUUGUGAAACGGAAGAUGAAGAGUUGCAACGUUUUGGGUACUUUAGCCCUGAAGCCAAAGCCUUGAACUUGCCAUCCUAUCGUGCAAUUUUUCUCUUCCUUGCCGCAAUUCCGCUCAAAAUGAUACACGAGUUUUUGAAGAUGCGUUUGGAGCAAAAACCUGAAAAACCGUCUCCUUUGAGCGUCCGCCAACUGAUGAGGGAGUUAAAAGAAGGCUUAAAAGUCGCAACGCAACAAAAAGAAAAGAUCUUGAAGUACAUUGACGGUGCGAUCUCUGAUAGCAAAAAACCGAACGAUGUGUUUGAAGAAAAGAUGAGGGAUUAUAACGAGUGUAUGUUGCGGGUGUUUAGUGACUAUUUGGACUAUCUGGAACAGUGGGCCUUGUUGCACCAUGAGACUUUCCAGAAGAAUUUGUUGGAAGAAGAGUGGCAUUUUUCGUGUAAUGUGAUUAAGUAUAUUCCGGGCGGGUCGGAACUUUUAGGGAAAAAGUUUGUGUUUAUUUUGUGUUCGAUUUUAAAGUCGGUCGCUGAAAGGCUGCACGAUCGGAUCGAGGACGUGCUUUGUAACAUGCCCAAAGACGACAAAAAUAUGAUCAAGCAAACCGUGUUCGUCAUUUGCCGCGAAAUGCAGUCUCUCUUCAACGAAGAGCGCGAAAUGAGCAUCAAAACCAUUGCUUUUUGCAAGACUGUCUUUCGCCACGACCUUCACCCUGAUUGCAGAUCAGAACUAGUAUGCUCAAUAAUUUCCCUAAAAUGUUCAAUACCCGACGCCAUAGGCCGUGUCCAGUCCGAAUUCGAUCAAGUCAAACUAGACUCAUUUGAAGAAAUCGAACGAACGGCUAUAGUCUCCCGCACAAGGGAAAUCUUAAUGCAAGCCUACCGUUUCGGCUUCGAAUUUUACAAAGAAAUGUCCGAUAGCAUCCCUACGGACAGGCGCGAGAAACUCGCUAGAAGUAUGGUACAAUUUGCGAAUUUGUGGAUGAAAUUCGUGACUGAACGAUGCGAGAGGGGGCGAGGGAUGAGACCACGGUGGGCUUAUCAAGGGUUGGAGUUUCUCUUAACUGUGUGUGAACCUCGAAACACUAAGCAUUUGACGGAAGAAGAGUUCGAAGAUCUGAAGAAGAAUAUGGAUGUUUGCAUAAGUCAUGUGAUAGGAACUACGGCUCCUUCGACGCCGGAGUCAGGGUUUUAUUCGGCGUCGCCGAGGAGUUCGAUUGAGCAUAUAAGGGCCAGGUCGAGGGGGUCGUCCCCGAGUCCGAGGCCUUCGUAUAAAAGCCAAAGAUCGAAUAGUCGCAAAACUAGCAUGGAACAAGGGUCGCCGGUUAUUGAUAGUUUGGAUGCUAUUAGUUUUAAUCCACACAGCUGUAGAAAGGAUGAGGCAAACGAGCGAUUAACUCGGAAGCAGCUCCGAUUAGAGUCAAUCGAAAAUCUCGAAAGUUACCUUGACGACAAAUUGAGAAAGCAGCAAUUAAUUGGCAAAGUGGUGACCUGCAGUAGCGGCAUCGAAAAAGUCCACAUCCGCCGAAGACUGCGCGAGGUGACCUUCACCUGGCAGAGGGGCAUAAAAAUCGGGCAAGGGCGCUUUGGCAAGGUUUACACCGCUGUUAAUAAUAAAACCGGCGAAAUGAUGGCAGUCAAAGAACUACCGCUUCAGCAUAACGAUACUCAUACCAUCAAGCGAGUGGGCGAAGAAAUGAAAAUUUUAGAAGGCAUUGUUCAUCGUAAUUUAGUGAGAUAUUACGGAGUUGAGAUUCAUAAGGAUGAAAUGCUGAUAUUCAUGGAAUUCUGCGCCGAAGGAACUCUGGAAACUUUAGUGGCAGCUAGCGAGAACGGUCUGCCUGAACUUUUAGUUCGACGGUACACUUUUCAAUUAGUUUCGGGAGUGGCCGUUUUGCACGACCACGGAAUCGUACAUAGAGACAUAAAAACGGCGAAUAUUUUCCUGACUGAGAACGGCAACUGCUUGAAAAUUGGAGAUUUUGGGUGUGCAGCUAAAAUCAAGUCGCAUAGUACAAUGCCGGGGGAAUUACAGGGAUUCGUAGGGACGCAAGCGUACAUGGCACCUGAAGUGUUUACACGCAACAUGAGCGAAGGUCACGGCCGUGCUGCGGAUAUAUGGUCGGUGGGUUGUGUGGUGGUGGAAAUGGCGUCUGGGAAGCGGCCUUGGGCACAGUUUGAUUCUAAUUACCAGAUUAUGUUCAAAGUGGGAAUGGGACAAAGCCCGGAUCCUCCUGAUCAUAUGACAGACGAAGGAUUAGAUUUUUUGGAAUUGUGUUUCCAGCAUAAUCCCAAAGACAGGGCCACGGCCCAAGAGCUACUAGAUCACUCGUUUGUUAAACUUGGUGAUGAUUUUAUCUAAGUAUUAUGUACCUAAUUGUGUUAAUUUAAGUUUUUAUGUAAUAAUUAAUUAAUCUCAUUAUUUUUAUACAUAUCAUUUGAUUCUGUUAAGGCUGAUUGUGUUUUUAAAUGUGUAUAAAAUUACCGUUUGUGUUUUAUCUAGACAGCUGUCUAUUUUAUCGAGUCGUUGAUUGAUAGAAUGUGAUAUUUUACGCACCAUUGUAGGUGGUGGACUGUAUGGAUCAUUGUUACAACUAUCCAAAUAUUAUUUUGAAUAAACGAUAAGUUUAUUAAAA